AUGCCUCCAAGAAAUGUACACACAUUAGGAAGUGGCGAUUCUAGAAGAUCUAGUGCAAACACAUCCACUACUUCAAAUCCAACAUUCAGAACAAUAUGGGAUAGUAUUCCACCCGUGACAAGAGCAAUAUUAUUGUUAUUAUGUAGUGUGACGUCUGCGUAUGUUUUACAACUGGUUCAUUUUGGAUAUCUUAUUUUCCAAUGGAAUGAAACCUUUAAACAUUUCCAAUUGUGGAGAAUGGUUACAUCAUGUAUGAUCCUUCCACCACAAGCCAUGCCUGCUCUUUUGGAAAUAUAUAAUAUUUUUACCAGAUCUGCCCAACUAGAAAAUGAACAUUUUUUUAUUACAAGUAUAGCAAAUCCAUCCAUUGAUUAUACAUUUUAUAUAUGUUUUUGCAUACUUUCUAUUGUGAAUGUAAGUGCAAUAGUAUUUGGUGUCUCUGCAAGUAUGCUCCUUACAAGUGCAUUUACUUCAUGUUUAACAUUUACCUGGGCUGUAGAUAAUGCAAACACAAAAAUUUUAUUCUAUGGGAUAGUACCAGUAUAUGGGAAAUAUUAUCCGCUAAUUACACUUGCAACCUCAUUUAUCUUUGGAGAAGGUAAUUUCUUUAUUUCUUUAAUUGGUAUAUUUGUUGGUUACAUAUUCUUAUGCCUGGAUACUCGUACCUUUGGCCCAAUAUGGGGGUUUAUUACCAAGAAACAUUCCAGCUAUGGUAGAGCUCCAGGUGGUUCAUUGUGCGCACCGCAUUGGUUUAUAUACUUAUAUGAAAUUAUCUUUAGAAUUGAUAAGCGUCACAGAUUUGCUGCAACAAUGAUGGUACCAUCUACUACCAAUGACUCAACUGAAGUUGGGUUUAAGGGUAAUGGUUCUAGAUUAGGUGGCAGUUCUACAGGAGGAAAUAAACUUGGUAGUAGUAGUCAAACUAACUCUAAAGAGACUAAAUUAAGAACCGAGGGCUCAAAUAAUACCACUUCUUCAGGGUCAAGUGCAACGAAUAAUGGUACUGGUAAUUUUCGUGGUUCCGGACAACGUCUAGGAGCCAAAGAAGAAUGA